AUGGCGAAUAAUUGGCGGAAGAGGAAGGCACUGGAACUUCUUCCGCCGCCGCCGUGCCGCGCUUCCCUCGCGGGUAGGCAGAGCAAACCACUGAACCAAGGCGAGUCGUCCCCCCCCCAAGGUGGCGUGUCGCCUGAGCGCGCCAUCGCUCCAACUCAUGCGUCUUCGAACUUCAUGUUGGACCAACCAGAUACUGUUUGUCCGGGAUGUGGUAGCCAACCAGUUUCUUCGCGCUGCCCAUGGCCGAUCGCGCGCCAACUUCGAGUGCUCAGCAGCCAGCUGGCAGCCGCAUCCUUCUGUUACGAAGUACGACACCCAAUAAACGGUCUUAACUUCAGGGUGCAUCCAUCCCACUACUGCUAG